CCCGUAUUAACGACAGUGUUAUAAACCAGUGUCAAGCACUCAUCUUAAAAUAUCAUUGUACAUGUUUAUGCGUCGCGAAUUGGCAUGCUUUCAAAAAUGAAGUUUAAUAUGAUUUAUUGAUGUAUACUAAAAUGAAAAACUUUUUUCUGAGUUUUGUGUUUGGAGUAAUACAGAUUGGAUUCUCACGAGCCGGGUAUUACUGCACAAACUAUAACUAUGCGGGCAAUUAUCAUUAUUGUGAGAAUGGGUGCUGUGACUCCUGGCCGUACGAGACAUGUUGUUCCAACGAGGCAUGGUUGGGCUGGGCCAUUGCUGGGGGUGUGAUAGGUGGCAUACUUCUCAUCAGUCUUGCUGUGUGCGUCGUCUGCGCUCUCGUCAAGCAAAAGGGAAAAACGGGCCGGGUUAUACAGCCAAGCCAAGGACAGGGACAGGUUCAACCCCCAGUCUAUACUUCAACGGUAUCUCACAUGACAGCGUAUCCACAAAGUCAAGGAUAUUACCCGCAAUACACAACCACCGUUACACACAACCCGACAGCCCCACCCGCUCCCCCACCUGCUUAUCAGACUCUGUAUGGACAACAACAACAACAACCACUACCGCCACUACCUACUGGUUUGCAACAACAGGGAAACAAUCAGAUUGUAUGAAAUGUCGUCAGUACGGGUCAAAAUCAGCAAAGUGUGAACUCUACAACUACAUAUAUUAAGUGUUGGCGCUUGAUAAAUGUUGCGACACUUUAAUCAUAAUAAUCACAAAAAAGUAUCAAAAAUCGAAUCUGCAUAGGCUAACUGAAAUUACCCUUUGUAAACUAUUCGGUAGUAAAAUAUAAUCUGUGAUAAAUGGAUACGUAUCGCAAGUAUCUACAUAUUGUCAUAGUUCGGCUUAAAAUUCAGCACAAGAAUAUCAACUGUAGAAAAAGCUUAUAACGUAUGUCACGUCAUCAUAAAGUUUUCUUGUCAAAUUUGACAUCUUGUUACAGACAAGAACUUAUCUUUGUAAAUCCAACAGUCACUAUUUCGACUUGCGAAUCGAUCAGCUUAUUCAGUAGACGUCACCUUUCUUGUACGUCGCCUUUCUUGAACGUCACCUUUUCAUACAUGACAAUUGGGAUGCCGCGGUUAUUAUCAGGAUCCUGUAUCUACGAUGCAAGUAGGGUGAAAUUAGACACAGAUUUCGUGUUGAUGAGAUUCCAUCCAUAGAUUCACGUUGAAUAGACUCCGUCCAUAUGGCUUGGCAGAAAACAGUAUUCAUUCCUUUUUAUCGGAACUAAAUAUAAUGCAAACUAUCUGUGAUAAUUUUUGACAGACAAUUUUACACAUGUAUUAAAUUUAAUGUUUUCAUUUUACUUCAUGCAAUGUGAUUUUGUUAAUGUCGCGUUUGUUUUCUCGUAAGUUCAUUAAGGUAGAAAUGUUUUUUUCCAGUUUUUCACUUUUGUUGUAAGCCCUUCUUGUUGUCUAAUUUAAAAGUCUUCUGUUAAAUGUUACUACUAUUUUAAGUUCUUACAUUAAAAAAUUCUCUUCUGAG